AUGACGUUGGAGCCGAAUAGCUCCCAGCAGGCGGUCCGACUUCUCCCCGUGGCGGUGUCCAGCAACAAGGACCUGGAGUCGCCCGUCCUGCACGCGGAAGUCAACUGCAUAAACCAGUUUUUCAAGCUGCCGGAACCCGCGCGCCCGUCCGUGGACGACGCCCUCUUCAUCUCGACCCACGAACCGUGCUCCAUGUGCCUAAGCGCGCUGGCCUGGGCCAACGUGAAAACCGUGUACUUCACAUUCACGCACCAGGAUACCAGGGACAAGCUCGGCAUGAAUGAGGACAUUGAUAUCAUUGAAGAACUCUUCCUCGACCGAGGGGAUCGAGAGGCGGCAGGAUCGGAAACAGAUGGGCCCCGGUAUAAUAGACGAAACAAGUUCUUUACUGCGGCUCCGAUUAGUAGCCUCUUCGACGCAGUGGCAGAUGAGACCCUCAAAGAUGGGCUAAAGGAUAGAAUGAACCAGCUACAAAAGGCCAUGCUUUCCGCGUCUAGUACUCUACAGACAACGGGCAAAGACUGA